AUGGUGCGUGAACUUCCCCGGAGUUCUGUGCCGCUUUCAGAUGAUGAGGUGAAGGAUCUUCUGAAGCAGCUGGAAGGCAGCUGGAAAAUCAUCGAUUACAAGGGGAAGACAAAAUUCACUUGGUACCAAGAAGUCAUGGUCACAGACGACUCGUUCGUCUUGUCAGGCGGCACGCAUGUGGGCUACAAGAUCUCAGGGAGUCUACACACCCCCAGUGCGGAAGAAGUCGUCAUGCCCAACAGACCCUUCAAAGAGCAGUUUCACUUCUUCAGAGGCUCCAACCGGGAGAUCUACUUUGACUACACCGGAAAGAAUGUUCAUGAAGCUUGA